CAGAGGGGCGGGGCUGUGAGAUUACAGCUGCGGACAUCUGGAGGGAAUCAAACACCGACAUCCCGCACCGAGGCUGUCCGGGCUCCGCUCUCUGUUCGGGCUCCGGUGCAGCGCGAGGCGGCUCCGGAGGGACCGAGCGAUUCUACCGGUUAAACCGGGAGAUCCGGAUGAACCCCGGGAGGUGAUGGACUGAACCGAUCCGACAUCUGAGGGUCUGAGGCCCGAUGGAAGCUGCGACACAUCCGGACCUGGAGCGUCUGGAUCCCGGUUCCUGAUCCGUGUGGGGGGGUCUAGGUGUUUUUCGGUCCCGGUCGGAUCCUCGUCCUCGUGCUGGUCUGGAUUAAAACGAUCAUGAAUCAUCCGCCUCCGCUCCUCUAAUCUGGAUUUAAAUCUGAGAUCGGAUCUGGAUUAGUCUGCUCCUGGUUCUGAUCGGGUCACAUCUGACCCGGUCUGAACCGGUCCUGGUUCCGGUGUGAUCUUUGGUCCUCUCUGGUCCUGGUUUUCUCUGCUGUCAUCAUGCCGACGUCCCGGCCUGGUUCUGAGCCGGUGGAGUUCUGGGUGGAGGGUUCGAGGCGGGACGGGACGGUGGAGGAGUUCUACACCCUGAGCUCCGAGCUGGGCAGAGGAGCCACGUCCAUUGUUUAUCGCUGUGAAGAGAAACAGACUCAGAAACUCUACGCUGUCAAAGUCCUCAAGAAAACGAUCGACAAGAAAAUUGUUCGUACAGAAAUUGGAGUCUUGCUGCGUCUGACUCAUCCAAACAUUAUCCAGCUGAAGGAGAUCUUUGAGACGGACACUGACAUCGCUCUGGUUCUGGAGCUCGUGACUGGAGGAGAGCUGUUUGACAGGAUCGUGGAAAGAGGUUACUACAGCGAGAGAGACGCCGCUCACGUCAUCAAACAAAUCCUGGAGGCUGUGGCGUAUUUACAUGAACAUGGCGUGGUGCAUCGUGACCUGAAACCAGAGAACCUGCUGUAUGCCGACCUGUCACUGGACGCUCCGCUCAAGAUAGCCGACUUUGGUCUCUCCAAAAUCAUCGAUGACCAAGUCACCAUGAAGACAGUCUGUGGUACCCCGGGAUACUGCGCUCCAGAGAUUCUGAGGGGAAACGCCUACGGACCUGAAGUGGACAUGUGGUCAGUGGGCGUCAUCCUCUACAUCCUACUCUGUGGGUUCGAGCCCUUCUUCGACCCGAGGGGCGAUCAGUACAUGUACAGCAGAAUCCUCAACUGUGACUACGAGUUUGUGUCUCCAUGGUGGGACGAGGUUUCCCUCAAUGCCAAGGACUUGGUCAGCAAGCUGAUCGUCCUCGACCCUCACAAGCGCCUCAGUGUCCGGGAGGCCCUGCAGCACCCCUGGGUGCUGGGUAAAGCCGCCCGCUUCUCGCACAUGGACACCACUCAGAGGAAACUACAGGAGUUCAAUGCUCGACGUAAGCUCAAGGCUGCCAUGAAGGCCGUCGUUGCCACCAGCCGCAUGCAUGAGGGAUCGCGGCGUCGUACUGACAGCUGUGAGAUUCCAGGCUCAGGGGCUUCCAGGCAGAGCAGCAUGCAGCAGGACCAGCCUCCUGAUUCCACAGACCCCGCCCCUUCAGACCAAGAAGCCCCGCCCCCAGAUCAACAGCCACAAGACGACGAAUCAAAGCCCACCGACAAAAGUGCUCUCAGCCCCUCGUCUCCACGUGUUCUCAAAUCCCCCAGCUCUGAUGUCACGGCCACAGAUGCCGCCCCCACUAGACCGCCACUGCGGGCCGACGGGCUGCGGCAGGUGUCCGUCAGUCCUAAAACUGUGCUGGUCCAACCCCGACUGCCGCAAAAGAGCUGCUCCAUGGUAGAGCCCACCUCCAGAGUCGAGGGCACGCCCUCGAGUCCCAACAGCCUCACUAAUGGCUUCACGCCAGUGGCGGAACCAGCCAAUAAGAUGCCCCACUGCCAGUGAUCACCUGACAGAGUGGCCCCAGUUUCACACGAUCACAACAAUCAUGAGGUUCAGCUGUUUAGCACCAACUUCAUUAAUUUAAUUUUUUUUCCUGUAACCACAUCUUCCAAUGCUACUCCAUCAGCUGUUGCUAACAUGCUAACAGCUACGUACUCACAUUUGUUUUAUAUCUGCUGUUGAGCUGCUGGUUUUUAGAGGUUUGUCCAAUUUCAGGAGUCAGGAAUCAUACGAGCUGUUCGUUUUACUGUGGUAAGAAAAACCCCAGAGCAGCUAACAGACGCCACAAACUAAGCUAACAGGAGCUGCUGAGACUAAAAGCUAACUGAACGGGAAACUUCCCAAACAUCAUUUAAACGCAGCCUUCAGGUGAAACCCCUGAUCUCGUGGUUAUGACGGGAGAAGUAGUGUUAACGUUAGUUGGCGUGGUCAAGUAUGAGCAAAAUGCUGCUAGGCAACAGCAACAUAGAUGCUAAAAUUAAAAUUCCUGUUAGGGUUAGGGCUAACACGAUGCAGGAAAUAAAAAGGCUCAUUGACACGGAGAAAAGUCAAAGCCAAAUGAAACAUCAACAUUUCCUUUGAUGGAAAAUUAAGAAAAAUAAGAAACAUUACAAAAUGUUAUUUUAUUAUCAAUGAAAAGUGAACUUCCAUGACCUCCGCCAUGAAAACAAGUCAGUGUUCAUAAUCUCUGUUUCUGUGGUGGUGACAACCACUAGAGGGCAGCGUUCACAUAGACUUCUAACAUCAUAUCAAUAGAAAGGAAACUAAAGAUUUUUCCUGUUAAACUUCUCUGACCUCUUGUUGAAUACAGUUGUGAUAUUAUCAUAAAUGAUAAUUUUCCAGUUGUGUGUAAAACAUUGCUGUUUUAGUCAAGAGAUUCAAAUAUGUCUCUGAAUAUAUAAUAAUAGUGUUAAUGUUGGAUUUUAUUGGUGGUUUAUCUUCCAUUAAUAACAUUUGUCACCAAAUGUAAGAAGUCGGAGGCUAGUUACAUUAAAUCACUGGUUAAACGAUUUGACGUGAACGCAUCAUCAUUAACAUUAAACCCUCAGACUCUUCACGGCUCAGAUCAAACUAAAA